UGGACUUGAGAGCGUCUCCAUGACGUGGACCACCAACACAUUCAGGUUCUCCACUAUAAGCAUCCUGCAGGUGCAAGCUGUACGCCGACGCUCCGCCUGGGUCCAGACCUAUGCCUGGGUCCAGAUCCCUGCCUGGGUCCGGUCCUAUGCCUGGGUCCAGAUCCCUGCCUGGGUCCAGACCCCCGCCUGGGUCCAGACCCCCGCCUGGGUCCAGACCCCCGCCUGGGUCCAGACCCCUGCCUGGGUCCAGACCUCCGCCUGGGUCCAGACCCCCGCCUGGGUCCAGACAUGUGCCUGGGUCCAGACCCCCCGCCUGGGUCCAGACCCCUGCCUGGGUCCAGACCCCCGCCUGGGUCCAGACCCCCGCCUCCUCUUCGUGCCUUAAGCUGUCUCCAGUAUUUUCCUGACGGCGUAGAAAGUUGCCUCCAGAAAGCCAAACCGCUGCGUCGCCGUCUCGUCCUUCUUCGGCGUCUGUUUUCCGUGUUCGCCACAUUCCUGGUUCCCAUCAGCACACUUCCAGACACUCCUUUUGUACGAAGCUUUAUCCUCCCUGACGAGUGAACGUCUGGCUUGUAGCCGCCUUUAAAGGGAAUCUAUUGAAUCCAGGCGUCGCCCUGAAGGAGCUCUGCUGUGUCGCCUCUACAGACAAACUGUUUGAUAAUAAAAGACCGACUGAUCACCA